AUGGAAGCUCUCGAACACCGAAUGGCCAUGGUAAAGGAGCAAAAUUCUGCCAUGCAGCUUAGAGAUGCAGAAUGGACAUAUACGAAAAUAAAGGAGUAUGUCGGCAUGCGAUCGACCAUAAUAGUUGACGCUUCCUUGUUUGCCGAUUUCUCUCACAGAAGUGACCCUUUAUUACAAGGGACACCCGUCUCUGUUUUAGACAGCAACAACUUUCUCAAUGUUUUGGUAGCUACUGAAAAGUACGAAAAGGGGGUAUUUUCAAAAACUACUUUGGCUAGCCUUUCAGAUGGGACACCAGUGACACUUAAGAGGUACCAUAUUUGGGAAGGGAAAGAUGCUGAUGUUAAGAGUCUCCAGUUUGUCAGCCAUGAGGCUCGUUUGCUGAAAUAUCUUGGAAAACAUCCAAAUAUUACGUUUCCAUAUGGCAUCGUACAAAUUAGAGGGGCUUUCCACAUUGCACUGAAAUACGAAGGGAAUUUAUCACUCAGACAGUUUCUUCAAAAUGAUGUAUUCGGUAGUGAGGCAGCAGUGCAAUCGGUCGUUGAAGGAAUUUGUGCGGCCAUUGUUUUUCUUCACGAGAAAGACGUUCUCCAUAACCACAUAAGAUGUGGGAACAUUCUGCUCCCACAGUUCGGUGAUGGGUAUAGACCCGUUCUUAUUGGGUUCGCCUUUGCAUGCAGACACUCAGUGGGAAAGCUGCUAUCGAAAGAGGCGUUGGAGAAAUUCAAAGAAAUUGAUCAUUUCCCUCCAGAGGUCAUUGCAAGAAAAAGCCGACCUUCCUUUCAAAGUGAUGUGUUUUCUUAUGGCGUCAUUAUGCGCAGAAUAUUAGCGAGAAGACUGCCAGUAGCAGACUAUGUCCUAUAUAAAUUAAAGAAAAUUAUGGAGAGGUGCACAGACUAUGAUCCUGAGAUUCGAUCGAUGCCAAAUGUAUUGCGAGUCGAUAUUAACUCUGCUUUUUAUGAUAUGUACGAACAGUAA